UUGCCGGUGGUUCGGUAUUUUGAUUAUAAAAGGCUAUAAGCUUAGUCUGCUAGUAGAAGCACAGGAAAGACCAUCCAGAAACCCAUGACGCAAUUCCCCGGAGCCUACUUGUCUCACCAUGCAAGUUGAAGUCCUGACAUCAGCAUGAAAUAAAUAACUUCGACAGAAAAGUAGAUCAUUGGUAGACCUCAUUUAGACCACCAAAAGAUGAUCGCGAGACCUUUAUGGGAGUUUUUCCCGUAUCACCAGGUCAACUGCGUGGGAGUGCAUGCAGGGAUAGCAGCUUUUUGUGCCUACUCCGCUGCUCGAGUCGCGCAGCGGCUUGCGGAGUUCGAGGCACCGAAAAAGAAAGCUUAUGGGAUAGCGUAUUGACUCUUUUGUUCUUUAUGUGGAGGGCCUUAUGUGGUGGUAUUUACUUUUGUUCUAACAAUUAUCAUUCUGGGGAGUCCUCCUCUGUUGAUCGGGCCGCUCACUCGUGUCCACCCACACAGGUGUUCGACUGGCGCAGCACUGGUUUCGUUAUCGGCAGCGGGUUUUUGGGGAAGGCACGCUCUGCGUGCUGUUUGCGACGUCGACGUUGCGGCAGAGGUGUCAAAUUUGGGUGAAAAAAGUGGAGGAAAAAAUCGUGCCUCGUCUUUUCUCACGACUGUACAAGAUGUAGAUGAGUCGUUGACUCUAAUGUCCCCUGGUGUUGGAAGAUCACAUGCUGAAUCGCUGAAGGGAAGAGUGACGAUUUUAGACGAAGUUGUUGGACGGGAUUCUGGUGCCAUGUUUAAAAGCGGAAUUCGAAAAACGGCGUGUCGGGUGUCUUCAGCAGUUUCAAGAAAUCUGAUGACAAAAGGACGCGAGCAGAAGGAAUUCUUUUUAUGAACUCUUGCACUGGUUGGAACAAAAUUCCUGAACAAAACAUCUAACGAAAAAGGUCACUUCGAGCCUUCUAGUCGUAGACUUUUAGAUGAUGGCGGACGAUUAUCCUCGCACGGCGAACGCGCACCUGUUAUAGAUGAUGGCAGAGUGCAGCGACCACGGCAAAGUAAGUAGUGGGAAAAGAAAGUGAAGUAGUUAUGGGCCGUGGGCCUCGUCGAAGCGCUACUUGGCGGCGACGCGUCUUAGGAAACUGCGAUAGCAAAAAACAGAGGACCACCACUUCCAAGAAUUUCACGACAGAGUGAGUCCGAAUUGAAAGAAUGAUCAAUCAAGUCUUUUCUUCAUCCUGCACAAGCG